CCUGUCUCGUCCUCGACGGCGACCCAGGGUGACACCGUCUUGGGCGUGGCAGCGCCGGCGAUCGAUGGAGCCGCGGCUUCGCGAACCAGGGGAGUUCCCUCCCGAGUACGUGACAAAUGGAGAAGACACUCAGUUGUUUUCAGUUGAGUUUUAGCACAAUGGGAUAUUCAUAGGGCAGGGUACAACUACAAACAGAUCAUAUACAAAUAUUGGAUGUACACAUGAUGCUUUCGACUACUGCCAUGUUGAUACAUGGUCAUUGGGCAUGAUGAAGUACUGUUUGUCCAGGUUGGAUUAUGAUCCCACUGAUCCAUUGGUCAAAGUGUAUUGGGUUUUGCCAGGGAAAGAUAUUAUGGAUGGCCUUGUCUGUGUGGACACUGAGGAAGCAAUUGCUGCUAUGGUCACUGCAAGCAAAGAAGCUAAAACAUUGGAUGUAAUAGUGGACGAGGAAAACAAAAUAAGGACUUUGUAUGGCGACGAUGUCAUACUCAAUAGAUGCCCAACACUACCUAGAAAAUUCCCAAGGUCUGGUCAGUUUGGAGAAGGGACUUCUGGUUCAUAUGCAGAGGGGGCGAGGGAAGAGGAGGAAACAGGGGAGGAGGAGGAAGCAGGGGAAUCAGGGGAAGCAGAAGAUGCACAGACCGACUCGGACUUUUAUGAGAGUGACUUUGACUGCGAAGAUGGGGAUGAUGAUCUGUUUGCUGAGAAUGUCAAUAUACCAGUACGCUAUCAGUGGAUUUCACUCAAACUACGUGUUAUAUCUCUUUUCUACGCUGAGGACGCGACCUCACUACAGCCUUCCACGGCCGCGUACUCCAGUUUUCAGUGAGCACUGCAGCAAGCAAGGAGGCCACCCGGCGUUUCGUCUGCGACGCACGUCCAACAAGAGAGGAAGCUAUACUAGCGCUGCACGUCCAUGUUACGGCCGCACACUCUGACCGUGUGUGUAGGGUGGCGGCACACCACGAGGCGGCGCGUGACACAUAUAUGGCGCGCCAACAGUUUGACCAGCAGCUGAGGAGUAUUAUUUGUAACUGAAGACUGAGAAGGAUUCUACAUGUAGCGACUUGGUGUAAUCAGAACAAAGCAGGAGAUGCGCCGGCGAUGCAUCGGGUUGAAGCCGACACUUUGAAAGUGUCAGACAGCUCGUCACCGCGGGCACGAACUCACGCGAUGGGUGAGGAAAACAUAGCGACUCGGGACGCGACCAUGACUGGUCGGGGAUGGCUCGCGACGACAAGGCCGGCUCAACCCGGCGGGUCGACAAGAUGCUUCCGCGGCAGCGGCGAGUUGGAGAGGCACGGCCGUGGCCGAUUCAGGCACGAGAGCUGGAACCGGAGCGGGUUUGGCCGGGGCCGGUCGAAUUGGUGGAGCCGGCGCGCACGCGGCCGCAGGAGCUGGAGAGGCGCGCGGCCCGCUGCGGGUACA